ACAUUUAGCUGCACUCUGACCAACGUGAGACCAACCUGAACUGCAUCUCAGACUGGUGCUCGCAGAAUAAACACAAACCUCACAGCUGUGAUUUCCGGGGAACAGCGGAAGUUUCAAGUGUCUGCAGAAAUCCAACCGUGCGGGAGCAACAGUCACAUCCAAGAUGGAGACGCUAAAUGCGGGACAUAUGAUGAGCUUAGCAGCUCUACAGAGACAAGACCCGUACAUCAACACACUGCUCGAUGUCACCGGCCAGGUGGCUCUCUACAACUUCAACUCCAAGACGAACGAAUGGGAGAAGACCGAAAUCGAGGGCACCCUGUUUGUUUAUACCAGGACUGCCUCCCCUCACCAUGGCUUCACCAUCAUGAACCGACUGAGCACAGAGAACCUGGUGGAGCCGAUCAACAAAGACCUGGAGUUCCAGCUGCAGGAUCCCUUCCUGCUCUAUAGGAACGGCAACUUGGGUAUCUACAGUAUUUGGUUCUAUGACAAGAGGGACUGUCAACGUAUCGCUCAACUGAUGGUCAAGAUUGUAAAACAAGAGGCAGAGCAUGUCCAGAGAGAGUCACCAGAGAGGGCAGAGCCAAGGAGGACCAAUGGCGUUGCAGAACCAAGGCCCAUCGAUAUCCUGGAACUGCUCAGCAAAGCCAAGGAAGAAUACCAGAGAGGUCGUGCAUACGAAACAGAUGGGCCUACAGAGCCACACCUGAAAGCAGCUAUCAACCCUACAGAACAUCCCCACAGCACAUCACAACCUCAAAAGAGCUCUCACACAAUAGUGAAGCAGAUCACAGUUGAGGAGCUCUUUGGCUCGUCCCUCCCCAAGGACCCCUCACUCCCCGCCAUGCCUGCACAGAACACCACCAAUGCUUCCGGUGACCCCUCUACUGCCUACAUCCAGAAGCCCGGGUCCAACCAGCGACACCAAGUCCCCGGCCUGCUCCCAGCUCCAUAUGCACUUCAUCCCAGCCCUGUUUUCCAGUCAGUAGUCCCCAUGUCAGACCCCCAGCCUCUGUGCUCAGUUUCACCUCUCAUGGUGCCUCCAGCUGGCUCAGAGCAGCGGACUGCUCCCCCUGGCCCUGCUGCAGCAUCACCAUCAGCCUCUGGAGCUUUUUUGGGGCAGGAAAUAUUAAGCACCCUCAAAUCGGCAGUGCCAUCCAUGAAUUCAGACAUCCACAAACCCAUCCUCGCACCCAGCUUUCUGCCAAGCACACUGGUUCCACCCCACAGCUUCCACGAGCCCAUGGGGAAACCCAUUAUCCAGCACAGCAAAGAGAUGGAUGUCUUCACUCAACCUCCAAACCUGAUCAAACCCAUGUCUGCUGUCCCCAUGAGUCCAGGUCUUGCUGUUCAAGGACCUGAGAUUUCGGUGCUUCUCUCCCCCAGCGCCUUCCAGCAGUCCGUCAGUAAGAUGACAACAACAGCAGCAGCAUCGGUGGUCCUCCAUGCCCCCUCUGAGCCCCCCUCCACCACCACAGGAGCUGUAGAGCCUCCGCCAGCUCCCUGCAGCAAAACACAGCUACAGGAGACUCUGAUACACCUCAUCAAGAAUGAUGCAGACUUCCUUAGCACCAUUCACGAUGCUUAUCUGCAGACUCUGUCCAAGGACUUCAGCAACAUGAAGCUAUAGUCCUACUUCAUCCGCCCACCUCUGUUACUUUUAGUGCCACGACCCCUUUGUGACAUGUGAGACAGCCAGAAGUUAAUGUGAGUUGAAGAAGUGCAGCGAACAGGGUUUUGUCACUCUGUACAUCACGACUCUGCAAAACAUGUCUGUGUUCUGAGGGUUAUUAUAGCAUGCGCCUAACUGUUUAAUCCUGUUUGAGUCUUUUACUGAACACUGAUGCUGCCCUGGCGACUAUGUCAACAUGGAACGACUUUUGUCUGCGUACGUCGAGCCAGAACUAUUGUGGGAGAAAGGGAUGAGAUAAAACCUCCCACUGUGGCCUGGGGUUUUCUUUUUAUACUUAAGAAAUGUGAUGAAACUUUGGGCCACGUGCUGGUAAAGUUUAGCUGUUGCUGAUGUGAGAGGGGACAACAGAGGAGCUUUCGGUGGCCUUGAGCUAUUUGACAUUUGUACUUUGAGCAGAUGAUUUUGCAGCUCAGAACCACUGACACUGCUUUUCUCGCAGUGCGAGAGUAUAUGAACGCUUAUAAAACACCUAAGCUUUGACUACUUGAGAGAAAGACGUCUGUGUUUGGGACCUCAGAACUGUUUGGGGAAUCCUUGUAGACAAACUGUCCACAUAGUGGCUUGAAAAAGGACUGUCCAUUAGUCUCUUAAUAAGGAGGAGAUGAUUGAUCUUUUCAGCCCUUGUUCAGGGAAGAUAAAGAAGUUCCUUGCGUGUUUGGAGCAGCACUUGCAGCUAAACAAUCUAAGAAUUCAUUCCUCUCAGCUGUUUCUUUUCUGUUACAUCAAAGACUUUGACAUGUUCACAAAGACAGAUUAAUGCGUUAACUCGCUUCUUUGCUACAUUUCCUUUCUCCACAUUUCUUCUUAUCCUUCAUCUUUCUUUUAGUUUAUUCUCUGCCUGUGUGGCUCCGCCUCCAGCUGAGCUCCAAGUACUUUCUGUUGUUGAGGAAGAAUGUGCAAUAGACCACUGUCGCGAUGCCUUUAGGGACUCCAGCAUUAUGGGAGAUUUGACGAUGGGACCUUGAGCUAAGUUUAUCUGAACACAAAACGUUCUGCAAGAGAUGCAUAAUUUAAGUAUUACAAAAAAAAGCUAAAUAGCUAUUAAUUUUUGCUUCUUGUUUACAUUCACCCCUUUAAUGUUAAAUUGCUUAAAAAUAUAGGGGACAGUUGUGUUUUUGAUAGCACCAGUCUGUUUCAAAUAUACUAGUAGUCCAAAUUAAUAAUGAAAAAUACAAACUACCUCCAUUCGUGCUACCACUUUUAUUUUUCCAAGCCACAAUUGCAUCUUAAGUCAGAGUGACUGAAACACAAAACACAUUUGCAGUAAAAUGCUACUGCAGCACAGAACAGGAAGAAGUAGAUCUGUCUUCUCAUCAUGUGCAACAGUGAGUGGGAAUGAAAGGUGAUUUCAAACUAAAAAUCAGCUUUCAAUAAUUUUAAAUGUUUCUUAGCGCGUGUGCAUUUCUAAACACAUACAACAAGUUUUAUUGGUCCAGUUGUCACAAUAUGUUCAGCACAAAAAAGAUCAGACCAUGAAAACAGUCUGAAAAUGAUGUAUACGCACGAAGAUUUAAGUUAUAAAGCUUUCUAACAAGUGGUACAGUGAUAUCAGCAGUUGGUUCAAUAGUACAGACAAGUAAACCAUCAGUAUGCAAAUCAUUCCAGGUAGAAACUGUGUAUUUUUGUUUAGUUGUGUUAACAACAAGGUGCAGAAAUUGUUUCUUUUAGUUUCAUGUCAAAAAAUCCUUAAAAAUCGUGUAUUUGGAAAAUGUUUUUCCCCAUUUAAAAUUGGAAAUAUCUGAACGAGUGAUAUGAGUUUCAUCUUGUUUGUUACACAAUGACUUUGUAUCUGGUCCUGCUAUUUGAAUGUAUUUAAAGUUUAUAUGUGCCAGUCUUGUUUUCCUCUGAGCUCGGAUCAACAUUUUUUCACUUCAGACUUGUUUAACCUUGAUUUUCUUAAUCCCUUUAUUUUGAUAUUUUUAAAUUUAGGAAGCAAAAGAGGAUAUGUCCGCAGCUGGAGAGUUAAUCAAACAAUUUGUACACUUCAGUGCAUUGUUAUCAUUUCAGAGGUGAUUGUGGCCAACACGGGCCUGUGUUGGUUAAAUAAACGCACACCGGAAGAUUGAUUUGAAAUGGACAGAUUUUUUAAAUCCCGCUCACAUAUUUAAGAUUUUAAUGUUAUUUUACAUUGAAAUAAUUUAUCUUAAUUGAUUGAGCCGAGGUAUGAUUUUGGAAAAGUCUUUGCAAAAUACAUUUUCUCAUUUCCUGAGAUUGUUGUCACUGUGCAAAAUUUGGUUUAUUAUGAUUAUUUUGUGAUAUUAAAGAUUUGAAAAUGGA